CUUAAAUCUCUACAUGCACCCACCUUUUAAUUUUUGUCUCUUUCCUUGUAUCAAACAUGAACUAGGGCAUGAAAUCUUAGUAGAUUUUGUGGGUAUAGAUAGAUAUUACAAGAAAUAUUUAAGGUUUGAAUUUCAGUUAUGAAGAGAAUUCGUUGUUUCUAUGGUUGAUAGGUAAUAGGUAGAGAAGAAAUGAAAUCUCAUGCACCAUUUUACCACUAUAUCAUCUGAAUUCUGAUUCUCAUAAUCCCAUCAGAUUGCAUACAUAUCCUUGAGCGUUGAAUAAUCUCUUCUAUCACAAUUUAUAAGCCAAAACACAGACUUCUACUUUUAUAUUAAUAACUAGACACUCAACGAAAUCAUACAUAAAAUAAACAGAGAAAAAAGAGAGAAAUAUAUAUAUAUAUAUGGAGGCACAAGGGAGAGGAGAAGGGCAGGAAGAUCAGCAAAAUCGACGCGAAGUGAAGCCGCCGGAGCAAAUGUCUCGCCACCAACCUCCUCCACCUCAAAGGUGCCCUCGCUGUGACUCUGUCAACACCAAAUUCUGCUACUUCAACAAUUACAGCCUAACUCAACCGCGUUAUUUCUGCAAAGCUUGUAGAAGGUACUGGACUCAAGGGGGGGCCUUGAGGAACGUCCCCGUUGGCGGUGGCUGCAGGAAGAACAAGCGAAGCAAAGGCCCAUCAUCGUCUUCGAGCAGUGGUGGUGACAGGGAAAGAACUCAACAUCUAAUACCAGCACUUCCACCGCAGAACUUGACUGGCAUGGCGGGUGGGAUUUUGGGGAAUUCUGGGAUAUUACCCGGGAACCAAUCUGUGAGGACCUUGCCUUUAAUGGGUUCCUUCUAUUCCGGUGGAGAAUUCUUGUCGACUGUGGCUUCCAUGCAAUCCCUAAACCAGCAGCCAAGAAUCAAUCAGCUGCCGGUGAAUUUGGGUGGUGGCCACCAUUUUGGUGGUGGUGCGAACAUGGCACUUUUGCAAGGGAUGAAUCUUCCAGCGGGACAAAUCCAGCCUCAGAAUGAAACUUUCGCAUCACAGCAAUACGUGGUUCCGCCAAGGCCUCUCGGUUCUUGGACUCAAAACUUCAUCAGCAACGCCACCAACAUUUCAGCCUCAAACCCAAGUUUCUGGAACAACAACAUCGCUGGCACCACCACCAACAGCGGAAUGGGUUUUUCGAUCAACCCAAAUCAAUGGCCUGAUAACCUUCCUGGCUAUAAUCCAUCUCAGUAAAUUUUACCAAUCCAAACUAUCAAGUUCUGUAGACAAUGCAAACACAAUUUCUCUUAUAUUUCUGUGGUCGAAUAUUGGGUUUUCUUUGUAUACGGUUAAUUUGGUUUGUGAUCGAAAUAGGUUUUUAAUUUUCAUAUUGUAUGCAAAGAAAGUACAUAUAUAUAACAAAUCUGUGUUGUUA